AUGUUUCUCAAAGGCUUCACGCUACUGGGCCUUGCGCUCGCCACCUAUGGACGUGGAUUUUCUGUCCGCCGUCAAAGCCAAUCGCUCGAAGACUGCCCGGGAUACGCUGCCUCCAAUGUCCAGGAUGACGGGUCCAAGAUUACUGCAGAUCUUACCCUCGCUGGUGCAGCGUGCAAUGUGUAUGGAGAAGACAUAUCCAAUCUCAAACUAGAGGUCGUAUACCAGACUGAAAGCCGACUCCAUGUCAAAAUAUACGAUGCGGAUGAGCAAGUGUAUCAAGUACCUGAAGAUGUAUUCCCUCGUCCAGUCAGCAAGGACAUCGACCCAUCAGACUCUGCAUUGGAGAUCACAUGGGUAGAGAAGCCUUUCUCAUUUGCAAUUCGUCGAAGGGAUAGCAACGAGACCCUUUUUGAUACUUCUGCAGCUAGUUUCAUCUUUGAGUCACAGUAUCUACGCCUUAGGACAAGCCUUCCAGAGGCACCCCAUCUUUACGGAUUGGGAGAACAUACGGAUCCGUUUCACCUGAAUACAACUAAUUACACCAGAACUCAAUGGAACCGAGAUGCAUAUGGUACACCUGAAGGCCGCAACUUGUAUGGGCACCACGCAAUUUACUUCGAUCAUCGAGGUGCAAACGGCACUAAUGGUGUUUUCUUGCUCAACUCCAAUGGCAUGGAUAUCAAGAUUGACGAUACUGAUGGACAGUUCCUCGAGUACAACACUCUUGGUGGAAUCGUUGACCUCUAUUUCUUUGCCGGACCCACUCCCAAGGAAGUCAGUGCACAAUAUGCUGAAGUUGCCGGAUUCUCAGCGAUGCAGCCUUAUUGGGGACUCGGCUUCCACCAAUGCAAGUAUGGUUAUAGAGACGUAUUCCAUGUCGCUGAGGUUGUUGCAAACUACUCAGUCGCCAAUAUUCCCCUCGAGACAAUGUGGACAGACAUCGACUAUAUGUACCUACGCAAAGUCUUCACUCUAGAUCCAGAACGAUUCCAAUUGCCACUUGUACGCCAGUUGGUCGAUCAUCUUCACGCACACCAGCAACACUACGUUGUAAUGGUUGAUCCUGCCGUUUCGACAAGAGAUAACGACGCCUACUCGAAGGGUGUUGAAGCUAAUAUCUUCCAUCAAUACGAGAAUGGCUCACUGUUCCAGGGUGUUGUAUGGCCGGGACCUACUGUCUUCCCUGACUGGUUCCAUCCAGACACUCAGAAAUACUGGGAUGAUCAAUUCCUCCGCUUCUUUGACGCAGAAACGGGUGUGGAUAUUGAUGCUUUAUGGAUCGAUAUGAAUGAAGCAGCUAACUUCUGUCCCUUCCCUUGCGCUGAUCCAGACGGGUUCGCUGAUGAAGCCGGCAAUCCUCCUGACCCACCACCAGUCCGUAACAACUCCGCAAGGCCUGCGAUACCAGGUUUCCCUCAGAACUUCCAGCCCACCAUCCCAACGAGAAGAUCUCUGACUCGAAGGCAAUAUGAAACCGGGAAAGCUAUUGGACUCCCCGGUCGUGACCUUCUCAAUCCGAAAUACACCAUCGGGAACUUGGCUGGGUCGAUCAGCAAUUUGACUGUUCGGACCGACAUCAUCAAUUAUGGUGGCUCGGCUCAAUAUGAUACGCACAAUCUUUACGGAUCCAUGAUGAGUGUAGCCAGCAGAAAUGCUCUUCUCGCCAGACGUCCAGGCAGGAGACCGCUUGUCAUCACACGAAGCACCUUUGCCGGCGCCGGUGCCCAUGUCGGAAAGUGGCUUGGCGACAAUCUUUCGCAGUGGGAUCAUUACCGAAUCUCUAUCGCUCAGAUGCUGGAAUUCGCAGCACUCUAUCAGGUUCCGAUGGUUGGAGCCGAUGUAUGCGGAUUUGGAGGAAACACGACAGAAACCCUCUGCGCCCGUUGGUCGAUGCUAGGUGCAUUCUACCCCUUCUUCCGAAACCACGCUCAGAACGAUGCUGUGUUCCAGGAGUUCUAUCAGUGGCCAACCGUAGCCGAAGCUGCCCGCAAUACCAUUGCGAUCCGCUACAGGCUUCUGGACUACAUCUACACACACUUCCACCGACAAAGCACCACCGGUGUUCCGCUACUUAACCCAUUGUACUUCCUCUACCCAGAAGACUCCAACACCUUCACCAUCGACUUGCAGUUCUUCUGGGGUGACGACAUUCUAGUCUCGCCAGUCACCGAGGAAAACUCCACAGCCGUCUCCAUUUACCUGCCAAACGACACUUUCUACGAUUUCUACACCCACGAAAAGGUCGAAGGCACCGGCUCCUACGUCAAUCUAACCGACGUCCCAUUCACCAAGAUCCCUCUCCACGUGCGAGGCGGAAGCAUCAUCGCACUACGCGCCGAAAGCGCCAACACGACCACCGAGCUCCGAAAGCAGGACUUCGUACUUUGGAUUGCGCCUAAUGCCACUGGUCACGCAUCUGGGUCGCUGUAUCUGGAUGAGGGUGAUGCUAUCGAGCAGCCAGAAACGUCGGAGAUCCAAUUUACUUACGAUAAUGGAUCCUUCAAGAUGACGGGGUCGUUUGGAUAUCCUACGGAUAAUGUCAUUGCGGAUAUCACGAUCUUGGGCCAGCCUCAAGCUCCUAAGGUGUCUCUUCUUCAGGAGGCUAUUCCGUUGACAGAGGAGUGGAGUCGGGAUUUGGACGUGAAGUGCUGA